CCUUCUCCUUUCUAUUUCCUCAUUCUUACCAAAAACAAACUUUCUUUGUGUCCAAGAGCAAAAUGAUAACUUGGCAUGAUCUUUAUGUUGUCUUGACAGCAGUUGUCCCUCUAUAUGUUGCCAUGAUCUUGGCGUAUGGCUCGGUCCGGUGGUGGAAAAUCUUCUCACCGGACCAAUGCUCCGGGAUCAACCGUUUUGUCGCGAUUUUCGCGGUCCCUCUAUUGUCAUUCCACUUCAUUUCUAUGAACAACCCUUAUGAAAUGAACUUUCGUUUCAUUGCUGCUGAUACACUACAAAAAGUUAUUAUGUUAGUAGUGUUAUGUAUAUGGGCUAACGUGACUAAAAAUGGUAGUCUUGAAUGGAGCAUAACAAUUUUUUCACUUUCGACACUUCCAAAUACACUUGUUAUGGGAAUUCCUUUAUUGAUUGCUAUGUAUGGUGAGUAUUCUGGUAGUUUAAUGGUACAAGUUGUGGUGUUACAAUGUAUUAUUUGGUACACACUUUUGUUAUUUUUAUUCGAAUACCGCGGUGCUAAGAUGUUGAUCAUGGAACAAUUCCCCGAAACAGCAGGGGAAAUUGUUUCGUUUAAGGUUGAAUCCGAUGUUGUUUCGUUGGAUGGACAAGAUUUUCUUGAAACGGAUGCUGAACUUGGACAAGAUGGGAAACUUCAUGUUACGGUCAGAAAAUCGAAUGUGUCUAGGAGGUCAUUUGCUAUGACACCUAGACCGUCAAAUCUUACUGGGGCUGAAAUAUAUAGCAUGAGUUCAUCAAGAAAUCCGACUCCACGAGGGUCGAAUUUCAACCACACUGAUUUCUACGCGAUGAUGGGGUUUCCAGGGAGGUUAUCGAAUUUUGGUCCCGCUGAUACAACUCCCAGACCAUCUAACUUCGAAGAAAACUGUGCUCAGGGAGCUCUAACGAGCUCCCCUAAAUUCGGGUUUUACCCUGCACAGUCUAAUUUGCCGACUUCUUAUCCGGCCCCAAACCCGGAAAUUGCUUCUACAGUUUCCAAGAACACGAAAAAUCAACAACAAUUACAAGUACAUUCACAGCAGCAGCAACAGAAUGCUAAAGCUAAUCAUGAUGCUAAGGAGCUCCACAUGUUUGUGUGGAGCUCUAGUGCUUCACCAGUGUCGGAGGCCGCAGGCCUCCAUGUGUUUGGUGGCACAGAUUUUAGUGUCAACGAACAAUCUUGUCGGUCUGAUGGUGCUAAAGAAAUCAGAAUGUUGGUCUCUGAUCACCCUCAAAAUGGGGAUAACAAAGUCAUUUCCCAAGUUGGUGAUUUUGGUGGCGAAGAAUUCACCUUUGGUGGUGCUAAUGGUGGGGGUGGUGGUAAGAAUAACGACGAAAAGAAGGAAGAGAAAGAGGGUCUCACCGGACUACACACUCGGGCUACCGGACUUCAAGAUUCCGGUACCGGAAAACAGAUGCCUCCGGCAAGUGUCAUGACCCGUUUGAUUUUAAUUAUGGUUUGGCGCAAGCUUAUCCGAAACCCGAACACGUAUUCGAGCCUCAUUGGUUUGAUUUGGUCCCUAAUCUCGUACCGGUGGCAUGUGCAUAUGCCUAAAAUCCUAGAGGAAUCAAUCUCUAUUCUCUCUGACGCUGGCCUUGGAAUGGCUAUGUUUAGCUUAGGUCUGUUUAUGGCUCUUCAACCGAAGAUAAUAGCAUGUGGGAACACGGUGGCUGCUUUUGCAAUGGCAGUGAGAUUUCUGACUGGCCCAGCAGUUAUGGCUGCCGCUUCUAUUGUCGUUGGACUUCGCGGUACCCUCCUCCAUGUCGCCAUUGUCCAGGCUGCAUUGCCACAAGGGAUUGUUCCAUUUGUGUUUGCUAAGGAGUACAAUGUUCAUCCAGCUAUUCUUAGUACUGCGGUUAUUUUUGGAAUGUUGAUAGCAUUACCAAUCACAUUAGUCUACUAUAUUAUUCUUGGAUUAUAAUUCAGGAUCAAGCUAUUAUCAAUUUUUUGAUUAAUCGAGUCAAGACAUAGUGUGAACUACGCGAUGAACAUGGUCAAGCUAGCACCGAUCUCCUAAUUCGCAAUUUGAUCGCAUAUUCCGAAACAAGAGGGAUUUUGAGUAGAAGAGUUCAUGUCAAUAUGGAAUUAGAUAGAAACUACCUUAUCUAUGAAGAGUAUUCCCAAGCAUUUGGAGCUUAGACAACAUGUUUGACUAGUUAGUUUGAGAUCCUUGAUUUAAGGAUAUUUUGAUUCCAUUUGAAGAAAUUAUGAAAACAUUUCAUCCAAAUAGUCAAAAUUGGAGGAAAAGCAAAUUGGGAUUAGUCUAGUAUGAAGGGGACAAGGAGGCAAAGUUGAUGAUAAUAGUUGGCCUAUGUAAAAAGAAGAAAGUCCAAAACAAUUUGUAUGUACAGUUGAGAUUGAUUUUGAGCUUUUGACUUUUUUAAUGUAGAGCAAUGGUUGAUUUUCAUUUAUUUUUUUUGAUAUGUUUUCUUUCUUCUUUAUUUAACU